AUGAAGACAAUAAAUGAUGAAAAAAUUACAAUAUAUAAUGGAGAAGAUAUUAAAAACUUUGUCUUUCCUGAUAAAUUUGAUCACACAUAAAGUGGAGUACCUGGAAAUCCAUGUUAUAACUUUAGAUUUAGAAUAUUUGUGUUCUUUUCCUAUAUUGUUCUUACAUAACUUUUUUAGCUUUUUUGUACUCCAACAGAAAAGAUUAUAGGAGUUUGGGAUGUAGGUCACUAAAUAACAACACCGAUUAACAAUUUGUAUAAAGAUUAUAGAUGGUAUUCAAAUAAAGUUAUUUAGGUUUUCCAUUUUAAUAUAGUUAAUCUCAGCAUUUAUUUUAGAUGUAGCUUAUUUUUAUAUUUCACUUUAUUGGGUUCUUUACUAAAGAAAUUUUAGAUUAUUCGCUGCAUUAAUUAUCUUUUAUGUUAUUAGAGCUAUCCAUCUAAAUCUUGUAAAAUUAGAAUUUCCAUAGAAUUACUAUUGGGAAGACCCAAAUAUUCCAAGUUUAGUUGUGAAAUAUGGAUUUUUUUCUGACUUUUUUUAUUCUGUAAUUUAAUAUAUAUUAUAUUAGGGACACGUUGGAUAUUUAGUAAUUUGCGGACUUGAAAUGAAAAAGAUAGGCAAAAAAUAUGUGUCAACACUUUUCUUUUUGUGUUCCUUAUAUUAAGCUUUUGUUGUAAUAACAUUUGCUAUUCAUUACACAAUUGAUGUAAUUUAAUCAUUUUUAAUUAGGUAACAACGGGAUGUAUAUUUGCUCACUAUUUUUAUAAUUAAGUUUGCUAUUGGGAAGUAAAAAUAGAUUUCCUUCUAAAAACAAUAGCUAAUCUGUUUGGAAACUCUUCAAAAUCAAAUACUGUUAAAUAUUAAGUCCAAGGUGAUAAAUAAAUAGGAGUGACAAAUGUGUGAA